GUCAUUCUGUACACGCAGCCGGAUGAUAAGAGGAAGAACCGCGGCUUCUGUUUUCUGGAGUAUGAGGAUCAUAAGUCGGCGGCUCAGGCGCGGCGCAGGCUCAUGAGCGGGAAGGUGAAGGUGUGGGGGAACCCUGUGACUGUGGAGUGGGCCGACCCCGUCGCGGAGCCUGACCCCGAGGUCAUGGCCAAGGUGAAGGUGCUGUUUGUGCGUAAGCUGGCCGCGCCGGUCACAGAGGAGCUGCUGGAGAACACCUUCUCUCAGUUCGGCAAACUGGAGCGCGUCAAGAAGCUGAAGGACUACGCCUUCGUUCACUUCGAGGAGCGAGACGCCGCAGUCAAGGCGAUGCAGGAGAUGAACGGGAAGCAGCUGGGCGGUGAGCAGAUCGAGAUCGUGCUGGCCAAACCUCCAGAUAAGAAGAGGAAAGAACGACAAGCUGCCCGACAGACCAGCAGAAGCACAGGGUAUGAUGACUAUUAUUACUCCCCUCCCCCCCGCAUGCCGCCUCCGGGGCGUGGCCGCGGGCGUGGUGGGCGGGGCGGAUACGCCUACCCGCCCGAUUACUACGGUUACGAGGAGUACUAUGAUGAUUACUAUGGUUACGAUUACCAUGACUACCGAGGCGGCUACGAUGACCCCUACUACGCUUACGACGAUGGCUACUCCGUGAGGGGGCGGGGCA